CCAGCAGCAGAAAUCUGUUGCAGGUCGGUGGCAGGGAGUCAGGAGAGGCUGUCACUAGAGCAACCCCCGUGACGGUCACUGGUGUGUGAGCACAGCUGGAACCCAAGGUAGGCACACAGCCCGUGUCACUCUUGUUCCCUGCAACCCUUGGCCAAGUUUUACCUCCUCCACCGCCUUCCCAUCGGCAGCGCCCUCUACCUGCCACACCCGGCAUAGCAGAAUGGAUCCCUGCUGGCCGUUUCUUCCCUGCUAGGAAGGGCCCCUCCCGGGAAAGCCUGUGCUGGCACGCGAGUGACCAGCUGCUUGCCGCCUGCUGGCUGCCGGCGUCGCCCUCCCUGGCAGGUGCAUCUGGCCCAAGAAGCUUCUGCGGCUUCAGAGAUGGAGGGAGGCCGCUGGAGGGUCUCCCUGCUGGUGCUGAUGGCCCUGACCCUGGUGGCCAAGCUGGGCCACUUCCAGAGAUGGGAGGGGUUCCAGGAGAAGCCGAUGAGCAAAAAGAACAUGAACUCGACGCUCAACUUCUUCAUCCAGUCCUACAACAACAACAGCAACGACACCUACCUGUUCCGGGUUCAGAAGCUCAUCCGGAGUCAGAUGCAGCUGACCACGGGAGUGGAGUACAAGGUCACGGUCAAGAUCGGCCGCACCAAAUGCAAGAGGCAUUCCAAGAAGAGCUCUUCCUGUCCCCUGCAAAGCAAGAAGCUGAAGAAGAGUUUGAUUUGCGAGUCUCUGAUAUACACGGUGCCCUGGAUGAAGUAUUACCAGAUGUGGAACAACUCCUGCCUGGAAGACUGAGCGCUGUCAGGAAGUUCUGGGAGGCCCCAGACAGCUGCGUGGUCCCCUGUGUCAUAAAAUCCUAAAGGACA